UUGUUGUUGUUUUUUGUUCUCUCAGAAUAGGCAGAUCCCUUAAGUGCUCUAUCAAACUGAAGUUUUUCUGAAAGCCACAGUGAAAUUUAAUCAGCAAUUAAAAUAACUCAGGAUUUAACAUCACUAAAACUCGCUCCUGUAAUUUAUAUCGCCCAUUUAACAAUAGCUCUCAGUGGUGGGAGGUUACACUUUAAAUCUGCAUUACAAAAACCUAAUAAAAUAAAAUAAAAAAAAUACAAGCUAUUAAGAAUAUUUAGUCAAAGGAGAUUUACCCAGCAUGCAUUAAAUCAGCUGGAGCGACAGUGCUGGAGAGUCUCUGCUUUCCCUGCAUGGAGUGGGAGAAAGUGUUUUCACUCCGUGUUUUCUGCUCGUUCAUGUGCAUUUCAGGUACCGUAUAAUGACUCAGAGUUGGCAGCACCAGCCUGAAGACAGGCCCAACUUCUCAACCAUCCUGGAGAGAAUCGACUACUGCUUACAGGACCCCGAUGUGGUGAACGUGGCUCUGCCUAUCGAGUAUGGGCCAGUACCCGAGGAGGAGGAACAUGCCCCCAUGCGCCCCGAUGACCCCUCAGCUCCGACUGUGCUGGUGAAUCCCCAGGUGCCCGAUGGGGAGGCUCCACAGCCACCUCCCGCCUACCCCACAGAGGAGAACCGGAGAGGAGGGGAGCACGUUGUUGUGACGAGCACAGCGUCUGAGGCCAAAGCACAACCAUCGGCUCAGCCCCAGCCAUACCUCCACAUGCACCAGCACCCUCACACACAGACCACCAACACAGUCACCUCUGCUGCCCCCGCCACACUCACUGCCAAGGGACCUCAUGUCACCACCCAGCCCAGCUCAGAGGGAGGACACAUCAACCUGGCUUUCGCCCAGGGCCACCCCUCAGAGAAGGACGCCCACACUGGGAAAAGCAGCAGUCUGUGGAACCCUACGUACAGCUCGUGGUUCCUGCAGCAGCAACAGCAGCAACAGCAGAGGCAAGGAGGGGUGGGCGGAGCAGGAGGCAGUAGUGGCAGGGUUCCUGGAGAGGGGCAGGAGCACGUGGACCGGACAGUGGCUGAGGUGGCCGGGGCGUUAGGUCUCCAGCACCAGCACAAGCAAUUCCAGCCUCAGCUCCAGCAGCAGCACCAACUCCAACUGCGGCACCAUCAGCAGCAGCAGCAGGGUCUAUGCAGACCUCUGCUACCCCCUCCACCUCCUCCCGCUGCCCAGUCUCCCCUACUUUUAGAUUCAGCCGCCUUGCCCCCAGUCCCCCUCUACAGACUGAGACGUUUCCCCUGUGGCACCAUCGGAUACGGCUACCAGGAGCAAGGCCUCCCCAUGGAGUCCAGUCACAGUAACGCCAACCCACCUCCUCCACCCCAGCAGGGCAGCAUGCCCUCCUCAGCAGCCCACCAGAGGGGGGGACCCAUUCCUACGUCAGUGUCCAUGGGUCAGUCAGGUAUACCCGAGGAUAGCCGCCCACUGCUAGUUACGAUGGGGACGGUUCAGGACCCACGGCUGCCCAGGAUGGAGGGCCACAACGCCACUGUGCUUUAGCCCACAGGCCUGCGCAGAAAGUCUUCUUUUUCAGGCCCCGUCUUUGGAGACUGUGCGAGUCACACAGCAAGAAACACUGUGCCGUGAGAGACUAUUUUUCACCACUCCUCCCGUCCCACCAUUUUGGAAAGAACCCAUCUCUCUAAAACGGGCUUUUUACACCAGAACCUUUGAGGUGUGUUCAAACCCCAGUGGAUGCUAAAGCACAUCGGAGAACUAAAAAGCUUUGGGAGGCAAAAUGUAGAGUCAAACAUAGUUUUGAGAAUAUAAAAAAAAGAAAAUGUAUUUUUUCAACAUUGGAGCGAUUGAGUGAGAAAACUGAGAAUCACCUGGAAGACUUUCCACACGAUUGUGACUAGGAGAGGUCAAGCUAAUGUUCGACUGAGGAGGCUUCACGACUAUCAGAAACAGACUAUGAGGAGGAAUAAAUCUCUAUAUUUUGCCAGACUUUGACUCUCAACCUUUGGUGAUCAGUUUGACUGUAGCUGCCAGCCACAUGUGUCAUUCUUCUGCAGAGCCCUCACACUGUUCCUCAUCACUUUGGGAAAAGAAAAAAAAAUGCAGCGUGGUAAAUAGCUUGUAUCAGACUAUUUUUCAAGAAUAUCACAGGAGGUGACGCUGGAUUACCAGAGACAUUUCUACUAAAAAAAAUAAAUGAUAAUAAUAAUAAAAAUAAUAAUAAGAAGAAGAAGAAUACU